AUGCCUGUUGUGUCGCCAGAGAAGCUGGCAAGUCUGCAAAAUAAAGCGGAUGAUGUCAGAAACAUUUGUAUUUUAGCUCACGUGGAUCAUGGGAAAACAUCCCUAUCAGACACUCUCUUAGCUACCAAUGGGAUCAUCUCGCCCAAGCAGGCCGGGAAGGUCCGGUACCUGGACUCACGCCCAGACGAGCAACUGCGCGGCAUCACCAUGGAGUCCUCUGCUAUCUCGCUCUACUUCUCAAUGCUCAAGAGGACGAGCCCCGAUGCUGAACCCAUACCUAAAGAGUAUCUUAUCAAUCUAAUCGACUCCCGGGCCACAUCGACUUCAGCAGCGAGGUGUCUACGGCUUCUCGACUAUGCGACGGGGCUGCAAGUCUGGAUCGAGAAAUUGAAGCCACUACUUGUGUUCAACAAGAUGGAUCGCUUAGUGGCAGAGCUCCAGAUGACUCCUGAAGAGGCGUACCAACACCUUAGUCGCCUGCUAGAACAAGUAAAUGCGGUGCUCGGAAGCUUUUUCCAAGGAGAUCGCAUGGUAGAAGACUUGAAUUGGAGAGAAAACGUGGAAAAACGAGUCGCGGCGAAAGAGGCACAAACAACUGCUCAGACCAACGAUCCGCUCGAGUCGCAAUACGAGGAGGCUGAUGAUGAGGAUCUAUACUUUGCCCCGGAGAAGAACAAUGUCAUCUUCAGCAGCGCAAUCGAUGGUUGGGCGUUCACGGUGAGGCAGUUCUCAGCCCUGUAUGAGAAGAAACUAGGCAUCAAACGCGCAAAUCUAGAAAAGGUCCUGUGGGGAAACUUUUAUCUCGACCCGAAGACGAAGAAGCUUCUUGGGCCCAGGCAUCUCAAGGGAAGGCCUUUGAAGCCUCUCUUUGUUCAACUGGUCUUAGAUCCCAUCUGGGCAGUGUACAAAGCAACGACUGGAGGGCCUAACGGCAAGGGUGACCCGGACCUUUUGGAAAAGAUCACCAAAACGCUCAAUGUCACUCUCGCACCCCAUAUCCUCCGGUCUCGCGAUCCGCGCCUUUUGAUGACAACGCUUCGAGAUGCUGUGACCACUUUCAAGAAGGAGAAGUCGGAUCCCGUCGUUGUCUACGUCAGCAAAAUAGUAUCUGUGGCCGAAAGCGAGCUGCCCAAGAACAAGCGCCGUCCAGGACAAAUGAGCAGCGAGGAAGCCCGGGAGCUGGCGAGGAAGAAACGGGUUGAGGCAGCCAAAGCGUUUGCCGCAGAAUCCAACCCAGAAAACGAUUUGCCGAUCGCUCUCGACUCCAUGCAUUUACAUAGCACACCCGAGGAGAAAGUCGAGGAUGUUCAGGUCGAGCCGGAGCAUCUAAUUGGAUUCGCCCGCAUAUACUCUGGAACGCUGUCUGUUGGUGACCAACUCUACGUUGUUCCGCCCAAGUGGUCCCCCGAAGAGGGUAACGUGGCGGAGUUGCAAAAGGUUACUGUGGCCAGCCUAUACAUGUUCAUGGGGCGGAACCUUGAGGAACUAGAUACCGUCCCCGCUGGCGUCGUGUUUGGAAUCGGUGGCCUUGAAGGGCGCAUCCUCAAGUCGGGUACGCUCUGCAGUAUCGCGGAGGGGGCCAUGAACCUCGCAGGCGUUAAUCUCGCCGGGAAGCCCAUCGUCCGAGUCGCCCUCGAGCCAGUGAACCCCGGUGACCUCGACAAGAUGAUUAGCGGUCUCCGCCUUCUCGUACAAAGCGAUCCUUGCGCCGAAUACGAGCAAUUCGAGAGCGGUGAGCAUGUUCUCUUAACCGCCGGCGAGCUGCACCUCGAGCGCUGCAUCAAGGAUCUUCAGGAACGGUUUGCCCGCUGCGAGAUCCAAGUCGGCGCCCCCAUCGUUCCGUACCGCGAGACAAUCGUCCGAGCAGAAGAGAUGAGGCCGCCCGCAAACAAGGACCUCGGCCGUGGAACUAUCGUUGCCUCCACCGGCAUCACACAAGUGACGGUGCGCUUGCACGUCAGGCCUUUGCCGCAAGACGCCUCCGAGUUCCUAGUGAAGCAUGCGCCUACGAUACGCCAACUUUACUCCCGCCUCAAGGCCAAGGAAGAGGCAGCAUCCGGCCAAGGCGACGAGCAGGACAUCGACGACGGGAUCGCCAUAACGAAAGCCAUGUCGUUGGACGACUUCAAGCAGCAGCUCCAAGCAGCGCUUGAGAACGAGCGCACGAGAGAGCGGUCCUGGAAGGGCGUAGUUGACCAAAUCUCUGCCUUUGGCCCACGUCGAACCGGCCCCAACAUUCUCGUCGACGCCACCAAGGACGGCGCCCUCACCCACCUCCUCGACGCCGACAAGAGCCGCGACAGCUCAGAUCAUCCCUUUAGCGACAGAGUUGGCCACGCGUUCCAGCUCGCCACGUUGCAAGGUCCCCUCUGCAACGAGCCUAUGCAGGGCGUGGCCGUCUUCGUCGACGAAAUCGCCGUCACGGGAUCUUCCGGCAACGCCGGCGGCGAGGAGGACCAAGCCACCAACGUCGGCCGCCUGACCGGCGACAUUAUCAAGAUGGUUCAAAAGUCCAUCCACGCCGGGUUCCUCGAUUGGUCCCCGCGCCUCAUGCUCGCCAUGUACAUGGUUGAAGUCCAGGCGUCGAUGGAUGUGCUCGGCCGCGUCAAUGAUGUGCUCACCCGUCGGCGCGGCCGCGUCGUCGACGAGGCUAUGAAAGAGGGCACGCCUUUCUUUACCAUCCAAGCCAUGGUGCCCGCCGCCGAAUCAUUCGGCUUUGCUGACGAGAUGAGAAAGCGGACUAGCGGUGCGGCGCAGCCGCAACUUAUCUUUGCCGGCUUUGAAAUUUUCGACGAAGACCCGCUAUGGCAGCCGUUUACGGAAGACGACCUAGAGGACCUCGGCGAGCUUGCUGAUCGUGAGCUGGUUGCUAAAAAGUACAUGGAUGGAGUGCGGAAGAGGAAAGGCCUCCUCGUUGAAGGUAGGAAUAUGGCUACCAUUGCUACCAAACAAAAGACUCUAAAACGGUGA